GCUUCUCUGCCUGUCGAUAUCAACGACCCUCCGGCUUCACUUUCAUCCUUCCUCUCCUCCCUCAUCACUCCACACUUUUUCUCGGACAGAAUCGAACACUGAGCGCUACACAAAGCUCGUGUCAUCCAUCAGAACCUCGAUACCUUUCCCAUCCGUCUCGAAUCUAGCUAUCCAUCAUGUUCAGGAACAACUACGACAACGAUGCCGUCACCUUCUCCCCGCAAGGUCGGAUAUUCCAGGUGGAGUAUGCACAAGAGGCUGUGAAGCAAGGAUCUGUCGUCGUGGGGUUGGUCAAUAAGACGCAUUCGGUUCUGGUUGGCUUGAAGCGAAACGCCGAAGAGCUCUCCUCGUAUCAGAAGAAGAUCAUCGAAGUCGACUCCCACAUGGGCAUUGCCAUCGCCGGCCUGGCCUCCGACGCCCGGGUGGUCUCCAACUUCAUGAAGCAGCAAUCGCUCAGCUCCCGAAUGACCUACGGCCGUCCCAUCCCCGUCGACCGCAUCGUGACCCAGAUCGCCGAUCGCGCCCAGACAAACACCCAGCAGUACGGCAAGCGGCCGUACGGCGUCGGCCUGCUGGUCGCCGGUGUCGACGAAGCCGGCCCGCACCUGUUCGAGUUCCAGCCCUCAGGCAUGAUCCACGAGAUGCUCGCCUGCGCCAUCGGGGCCCGUUCCCAGAUGGCCCGCACGUACCUCGAGCGCCACCUGGACGAGAUCGAGUCCAGCUCGCGCGACGAGCUCAUCACCCACGGCCUGCGCGCCCUCAAGGAGACCCUCUCCCAGGAUAAGGAAUUGACGGUGGAUAACACCUCUGUUGGAGUCGUCGGUCUGGCGGGCAAGGGCGCCAAUGGGAAGAUCGAGAGCUUCAAGCUCUACGAGGGCCAGCAGCUACUUCCGCUGCUGGAAACGGUGGAGCAGCAGGAUUCGGGCGAGACGAAAGAAGGCGAAGGGAUGGAGGUUGAUUCAUAGGUUUUGAAAUGAUGCCCAUAGACAUGAAUAUGUUGAUGUUGACAACUGGAUCCCGG